AACAGCAAAGUAAACACUUCCAAAGGCACACGGUAGCUGGUACUGGGUGUGUCAUAUUUCAAACACAACAGUUUUGCUUGGCUGAUAAUUAACUUCUUCCUGAGGCCCUUCCACAUUUUUAGAGGUGAACUGACGGGCAUUUCUGAAGCUAUCAUGAUCCUGAAUGGGCAAGUAAAGGGGUGCGUGAAAGAGUUCAACAUUUGUACUUUGGAUUUCAUCAGGCAUGAGUUUUUGUCAUUGUUGAGAACAUACAACUGUUUUCAUGAAGAUAAGAAGAAUUUUCAACUGUCAUAUUAUGUCAACAAUGGAAAAAUUGUCUUGGAAGGAUUAUUGGAUAUUUCCUGGAGUGUACAACAACCAAUAAGAUUACAGAUAAAUGAUGAGAAAUCCAGAUCAUCAUCAAAAUGUUCCCAAUCUUCUGACACUGUGAUGAACAAAAGAGGAAUGACACGAUGGGGAGAGUUUGAUAAUUUGUGCAACAUUGCUGAACUAGAAGAGGAUGCAGAGUCAGAAGCUGAGGAACAGCAGGCUGCCCAGGAGCUGAUCUUUGAAAGCAGUACAUUAAAACCACAACGCAACCGAGAGCCAGAAAGUAGCAACUUAAUACGUACCAGGAGUGAUGUAUCACUGGUGAAGAUGAGGGUAAAGAACCAAGCAGUGGCUGCAGCACGGAAAGCUAGGCGCCAUCGCUUUUCCAUCAAUGGCCAUUUUUACAACCAUGAGACAUCCAUUUUCACACCAACCAAAGGCUCAGUAACCAGUGUGAGAAUCAACAGCACGCUGACGACCAAGGAGGUGAUAGCAUUACUCCUGCAAAAGUUUAAGAUAGAAAAUGACCCCAAUGAUUUUGCACUGUAUGUCGUUCAUGCCAGUGAAGAAAAGAAGAAGCUUAAAGACACAGCAUUUCCAUUAUGGGAGAGACUGCUUCAUGGACCAUCACGCAAAAUAGUAAAAAUAUUUUUAAUGGACAAAGAUGCCGAGGAAAUUAGCAUUGAUGUAGCACAGUAUAUCAAGUUUGAACUUCCUGUUUUAAAUGCAAUUCUUCAGAAACUAAAUGAGGAGGAGGAAAAAUACAUUGGAAAUACUUACUUACGAUAAUGUCAAAUGGAAGGAAUAUCAGGAAGCAGAAGUGUUUAUUCCAGAUACAGAAUGGAGAAAAGGUCUUUGGUUCAGCAGCUGCGAAGACGAAUGAUGGUGAGGGCAGAAACUUCAGUUUAAGGAACAGUCCGGCAACUGAGAAGCUGGAUGCCAGGAAGUGUUGAAUUGCAAAAUUAGUUGCCUAGAUUUUCCUUGAGGCUUGCAAUGAUGCAUCAACAGCUCUCAAUACAUGAACAGUGCAAAAGGAAACUGUGGACUAAAUCACAUGGCAUUAAUUGUGUUACUCCGUAUAUUCCAGGGAUAUUUCUGUUGCAACUCCCAUUUUUUACUCAACAUCACCAUCCUUCCAUUUGGCAACUGUCCGAACUGAACAAGACUAUUCACAGCCUGUGGUGUCACAUUUACUCUGAGAAUGGCUUAAAACAACAUUUACACACAUCAUUCAGGUUACCUCCAGAAGCAUUGCCCGACUGUGCCCAAGCCUCAGCUGCUGCUGAAACCCUCAUCCAUAUCUGUUAUCUUUAUACUUGACAAUGCCAAAGCACUGCUGACCUGCUUCCCUCAUUCGACCUUCUACAGUUUUGAAGUUGUUGAAACUACUUCUUUCCAAGUCCUGACACACACAAAUCUUGUUCAACCACUGUGCUAGUUUCCUUUCUCCAGAUCUUAUUAAAAUUGUCACUCCUGCUUUCAACUGUCUCCAGGGCUUUUGCCUCUAUCCUUGUGAGAUAACUGCCCUUCUCUAGUUCUGGCCCCUUGCUCAUUCUUGAACUUAGAGAAGAGUGCCAUUAGCCUCUUGAAUAAUUUCUAGGAUGACUUGGUGUGAAGUUCUGUUUGAUUAAGUUCCAGGAUGUAUUUCUAUGUUUAGUUUCUUUUUCUUGCAAUUCCAUUGUGAUCCUCAAAGAAACGUGAAAAGGUAUGGUUGUAGUUCUGCCUCCAAAGAUGUCAUUGCUGAAGUCAUGUUUCCUGGAACUAAGCCACAUUUUAUAUUGUUACUCUUCAAACUGAAAAUAAAAGUAGAACAACAUUGACUCCAUUUUUGUUCAUUGUAUCAAUUUUAAAUAAAGUUGAAAAUGCA